AUGACUUUGUUUAAAAAAAGUGCAUUUAAUGAAGGAGAGGAGCCACGCUAUCAACAAUUGAUAAAAAUUGGAGAGGACAUUGUGAAGAAGUGUGGAGGGGUUCCCUUAGCACUAGCUACGCUAGGGAGUCUGCUUCUCUCGAAAAGAGAGCGACAUCACUGGUUACAAGUAAGAGAUGAUGAAAUAUGGAGAAUGUCAGAAAACAACAACAUUAUGGCUGCACUAAAGUUGAGCUACAAUGCACUGCCACCUCACUUGAAGCCUUGUUUUGCCUUUUGUUCACUUUACCCCAAGGAUUAUGAAUUUGAUAGUGAAGAAAUAGUCCAAUUAUGGAUGGCACAAGGCUUAUUCAAGUCCUCAAGAGAAAAUGAAGAUUUUGACGAGAUGGGCCUAGACUAUAUAAGGCAGCUUUGUUCUAAGUCUUUGUUUCAACUUGAUAAUUUUGAUGCGAAGACUACUGUGAAGUUCAAAAUCCAUGAUUUAGUGCACGACUUGGCAAUAUCAGUGGCACAGGUAGAGUUCUCCACAAUUAAUUUUCGUCCCUCCAGUGCUUUUGAAAAAGUACGACACGUGUCAAUAUCGAAAAAAGACUUGUCCGGAGAAGAGGCACAAGUCCCAGCAUUUAUUCUCCAAUCACAGAAACUUCGGACCAUUCUAAAUCUAGAUAAUGAAGCUGGGAUCUCCAAUCAAUAUUUUCUAAAGACAUGCAUCUUGAGAUUCAAGUAUCUGCGUGCGCUAGAUGUGCGUGGUUCUACUCUUGAGGAGCUACCAAGUUCCAUUGGUAACUUGAUUCAUUUAAGAUAUCUCAACCUGGAUGGAAAUACAAAGAUAAAACAGCUUCCCAGUUCCAUUUGCAAGCUCUUGAAUUUGCAGUCCUUAAGCCUUGUCGGUUGUGAGGCACUUGAGAAGUUACCCAAAGGCAUAGGGAACUUGAUCAAUCUCAGAUAUUUGUUUAUAACUACACAGCAGAUGUAUUUUCCGAAAGGAGUAUUUAGACGCCUCACCUUACUUCAAUCUUUAUUCAUUGGGAAUUGUGCGAAUCUGAAAUCUCUGGGCGAAGAGAUCGAAUACCUCACUAACCUUCGUCAACUGUGGAUUGGUUACUGUGGAAAUCUGGAGUCCUUGCCACUUAACAUGAAGAACUUGACUGCAUUACAUACUCUGGUGAUCUUGGAUUGUAAGAAGCUUGAGUUAAUGAGGUCGGGAGAAGAUUUUGAGGCUUUGCCCAAUUGGCUUCAAGAGUCUGCAAACACUUUACAGAGCAUGGCAAUCGGAGACUGUGAUAAUCUCACGGCACUUCCAAAGUGGUUGCAAAAUCUCACCUUGUUGGAGCAACUGGUGAUUGAGGACUGCCCCAAAUUGUCUGCUUUGCCGCAAGGGAUGCAUAGCCUCACUGCCUUGAGGAAACUGAUGAUUAGCGGGUGUCCUGAAUUGAUAAAGAGAUGCAAAAGUGAAACAGGAGAGGAUUGGUCCAAGAUCAAACAUGUCCCAGAUAUUGAACUCGAUGACUGA